AUUGAUCCGCUUCGCGGUCCAGGUGGCGGCUGGGUAGGGCCUGGGCGGGACGGGGCGGGGACAGGGCGGGACAAGGCGGGGCCCGAUGGGUCAAAUGGCCCCCGGUGGGGGAAGGAGGAGUUUCCUCUUGGCCUGAACUUGGCUGACCUCGGCAGCUUCCGCCCUACUUUGGCUAAAGUCCUGGAGGCUACUGCCUGAAGAUGACCUCUAGGGACCACCCUAGCCCCAAGGACCCCCCGAAAGGCACUUCGCCCCAUCCUGGGAUCUCGAGCUCUGAGAGCUCUCCACCGCUGAAUUAUCAAGGCAUUCUAAACCGGCUCAAGCAAUUGCCCAGGUUCUCUCCUCAUUUUGCUGCGGAAUUGGAGAGCAUUUACUACUCGCUGCACAAGAUCCAGCAGGAUGUGGCAGAACAUCACAAGCAGAUAGGAAACUUCUUACAGAUUGUGGAGAGCUGCAGCCAACUCCAGGGUGUCCAGUCUGAGCAGGUCUCCCCUGCUGAAGCAGUCAGCCCUGGGACGCCCCGGCAGGCGGAGGACAAGACCCCGCAGGAGUCAAGCUUUGAGGACAUCAUGGCCACCAGGUCCUCCAACUGGCUCCGGCGGCCUCUGGAGGCAGACGACCAGCCGGAGACCCAGCUGUUCUGGGACAAGGAGCCUUGGUUUUGGCACGACACUCUGACAGAGCAACUCUGGCGGAUUUUUGCCGGCGUCCGAGAUGAGAAGGCAAAGCCCAGAGACAGACAGCAGGCACCAGGCCUGGGGCAGGAAAGCAAGACGCCGGGAUCCUGUGACCCAGGAGCGGACCCGUGUCCCGAAGAUGCCUCCACCCCCAGGCCACCUGAGACCUCCUCCAGCCCCGCCAAUGGUUCCCAAGACAGGAACACAAGGUGUCGUGUGGUCCAGGAGCCUCCAGGAAGAGCCUCUCCGUUUCUACAGUCCAUAUCCUGGGACCCUGAGGACUUUGAAGAUACGUGGAAGAGGCCAGAUGCCUUGCCCGGGCGGUCUAAGAGACUCGCCGUCCCGUGCAAACUGGAGAAGAUGCGGAUUUUGGCACAUGGGGAGCUCGUGGUCGCCACAGCCAUCAGCAGCUUCACGCGGCAUGUGUUCACCUGUGGCAGAAGAGGCGUCAAGGUGUGGAGCCUGACUGGCCAGGUGGCUGAAGACAGGUUCCCAGAGAGCCACCUGCCUGUCCAGACCCCUGGGGCCUUCCUGCGUACCUGCCUGCUGUCCUCAAACAGUAGGAGCCUGUUCACCGGUGGUUACAACCUGGCCUGUGUGAGCGUGUGGGACCUGGCGGCGCCCUCCCUGCACGUGAAGAAGCAGUUACCCUGUGCAGGUCUCAACUGCCAGGCCCUAGAUGCCAAUCUGGAUGCCAACCUGGCCUUUGCCAGCUUCACUAACGGCGUGGUCAGGAUCUGGGACCUGCGGGAUCACAGUGUGGUCAGGGACCUCACAGGUUACCCUGAUGGAGUCAAGAGUAUGGUGGUCAAGGGCUACAACAUCUGGACUGGGGGGCUGGAUGCCUGUCUGCGGUGCUGGGACCAGAGGACCAUCAUGAAGCCUCUGGAGUACCAAUUCGACUCUCAGAGACCAGGGGUGUGUGAGCCCUACCCCAGUUCACUGCCCACUACCCCCCUCCAGGUGCCUGAGACGUCCCCAAUCACGUGCUGUGACAUCUCUUCCAACAACCGCCUCAUUGUCACAGGCUCCAGGGAGCACGCCUCCGUGUACCAGAUCACCUACUGAGGGGCCUCACUGCUGUCAUCCAACUCCGGCUCCUCUUUGCGUCCACUUUUUUUUUUCCCCCCAAGCAGGGGGGGUCAUGGUGGAGGGAAGUGGGAAGGAUCUUCUAUGGCAUCGCACGAUCCAGUCUGUGGUGUAUAGACUGACCGCCGUCACCUGUAAUAAAGCACCCGGGAAAGGCA